AUGGAGACAGCGUCCAACGCACUCUCCCACAUCCGCAAAGAGUCCCUCGAUAUCUACAAUCGUCUGCAUUCAAUCAAGGAGGAUGUCGAGUUCGUAAAUCAAGUCCAUGAAACGCUAAUUCUUGUCGACUCAACGCGCUCUGGAAAGAGAAUCCCCGACGCAUUAUCGAAGACUGUCCCGAUUUGGUGUGCAGUCAUCAACAGGGCGCUGGUCAAGCGUUAUCCCGAACUCCAUUCGCCGCCCUCGUCCUCUGAAGGUGCACACAGUUGGGAUACGUCACUCUACACCCCUCCGUCUGUCGUUCCAUCUCAAGAACACAACUCGAUACUUGCCAAAUUGGACGGAUGGGCUGAAGCUUUGGCCAACUCUUCGUUCGACCUUCCGAAGCUACCAUACCCUCUACGGCCCAUCUGGAUCACGCCUUCCAUGUCAACAUUUCCGCCAAUCACCCUUCCCCCUCCCCCAACGGACAAUCACGCCCAAGCCAACGGAGUCCCCAGGUUUAUACCUAUCAUCUGCGUGUCGGCUUCGAAGCAAGUCCAGGAUGGUACCGAACGACGAGCGGGUGGAUUUUCGUAUAUCCAGGGCUCAGGCGAUGAUCACGAGUUGUGGGGUAUGGGCCUUACCCCCGAGCUUUUCUGGAGCCACAAGGACGAACUGCUCUCCUCCAGUCGCAGUGAUCUGCCUGAGAUAGUCGAAGACAUCGUCUCGUCUGCGUCGUCGGCGAAGAAACCCUCCCCGUUAGAUUCCAGUCGGAGAUCCUCUUCACCCACAUCACCAAGUUCUGUACGACCUCUUUCGAAGAAGAGAAGACCAACGCCUGUCGUAAAGGUUGGGGGUCGGAUAUGGAUUGGGAAGGUCGACGACGUGGAAGGCGAGCUCCUCAAGGACCCUCACGGCAGCGCAGGGGGGAGAGCCAGGGCCUACAUCGUCAUCCAUGAAGGCUCAGAGGAUGAAGAAGGAACCAUGAUUGAAUCCAUCGAAGCAUCGUCUAUCCAGGCAUCCACAAAUUCCCCUGCAUCCGCGACGCCUUCUGCCAGCUCAAAGCAGGUCCAACCCACGCACAUCCUCUCCCUUCCGAUCCCGUCAUCCUCGAAGUCCAAACCACUAACACAGCAGUACUUCCUCCACACCAUUCUACCUCGAUCUCUUCCCUUCAUGGAUCGCUAUCUACGGAAGGGGUGGGACGUUUGCAUCGUCUGUCCGACGGGGAAGGAUUUGAGCGUCGGAGUGGGUUUAGUUGGAGUGGGCGUGCUUUUUGACGAUCAGGGAGCACUGAAAGUACCGAAUGGUGGAGAAGGGGACGAUGGAGACCCAGGACCUUCGGAGGAAACCGAAUGGACCCGGAUCCUCGAGCGCGCAACGUUGACGAAGAAAGACAUCAAAACGCGUCUGGAGUGGAUAAUUGCCAGUCGGCCUGAAGCCAACCCCGCGAGAGCGACGCUGAAGAGAGUCAAUGAGUUUUUGUUUACGCCUAGGGAGUAUUGGGAACGAUAG